AUGUAUGACAAAUAUACAGAACAUCAGCUGGGAUCGGGUUGUAUAUUGGUUCAGCUACCACAACCUUAUAUGCUUAGUUCAAUGAGGAUAUUGCUUUGGGAACUCGAUGCAGACGAGUACGUAUUCUAUAAGUACACUAUUGAAGUUUCGGUAAAUAAAAAAGAAUGGAAAAUGGUCGCAAAUAAAACUAAUAAAGCGACACGAUCGUGGCAAUUGUUGAACUUUGAUCCUACGCCAAUAGUGUUUAUUCGAAUUACUGGCGUUUACAGUUCGGAUGGCGAUGAGUUUCGUUGUGUAUAUUUGGAGGCCCCCGCUCAAGUAAAGUUAGAUUUCGACGAUGACUAUGAUGACAGCGACGACACAAAUGUUUCGAUGUCAGAUGAAUCAACACCAAAGUACAACGUCACUUCAACGACUAAUGGUGCAAAUGUAAUCAAAGGUGAAAAUAAUGGUUUUGAAACUAAUAUGCUUUUGCACAGCUAUAAACCCAGAAAAAGGCAUAAAUAUUAUACAUGGCAUAAGCUGGAAUCGGGUUGUAUUCGGAUUCAACUUGCACAACCUUAUAUACUCAGUUCAAUGAGGAUAUUGCUUUGGGAGUACAGUGCAAAAAAUUACGUUUUCUACAAGUACACUGUUGAAGUUUCGGUCAAUAAUGAAGAUUGGAAAAGGGUCGCAAAUAAAACUGACAAGGCGACACGAUCGUGGCAGUUGUUGGAAUUUGAUCCUACGCCGAUAGUGUUUAUUCGUAUUAUUGGCGUUCACAGUUCAGAUGGUGAUGAAUUCCGUUGUGUAUAUUUGGAGGCUCCUGUUCUAAUAACAAUAGAUUCCAACAGAUACCUUGAAGAUGGUAGCAGAGAAACUGAUGUUUUUGUAUCAGAUGCUUCAAGCUCUAGUGGUUAA